ACGUCACUCACGUGCGUAUCAUCCCUGAGAAACAACAUGGCGGCUUCUGCUCUGCUCAGAGGAAACCUAUGCCGGGCGCUGAGAUCGUGGAGCCCGUCCGGGGCAGUCGUGUCAGGGAGGAGCCUGAGCGGUUGCAUCACCAGGUACCAGCCGUCUCCCUGGCAUUUGGUGCCCACUUCUGGGAGGAGCCACUGCUUGCUGAGUAAUGUAACGUAUCGGAGAUACACUACACAAACCGCAGAGAACAAGGAGGAGGAGCCUGUGCUGCACACCAUCAUCUCCGAUACUGAGAGCGUCCAGGGUGUCGCCUCCAAGCACGAGUUUCAGGCUGAAACCAAGAAGCUCCUGGACAUUGUUGCUCGCUCGUUAUACUCGGAGAAGGAGGUGUUUAUCCGGGAGCUGAUCUCAAACAGCAGCGAUGCCCUGGAGAAGCUGCGCCACAAGCUCAUGUCUCAGGGGAGCGGCUUGCCCGAGAUGGAGAUCCACCUGCAUACAGAUAGUGAGAAGGGCACACUCACCAUCCAGGACACUGGGGUGGGGAUGACGCAGGAGGAGCUGGUCUCCAACCUGGGAACCAUCGCACGCUCUGGAUCCAAGGCCUUUCUUGAAGCCCUGCAGAACCAGACUGAUAGCUCUGGGAAGAUUAUAGGUCAGUUCGGCGUCGGCUUCUACUCCGCGUUCAUGGUUGCUGACAAAGUCGUCGUCUACUCUCAGUCGUCGGAGCCGGGUAGCCCUGGGUAUUGCUGGACGUCCGAUGGAUCUGGUGUCUUUGAGUUGGCAGAGGCCGACGGGGUGAGGUCAGGGACUAAAGUCAUCAUUUAUCUCAAAGAAGACUGUAAGGAGUUUGCCAGUGAGGACCGAGUAAGAGAGGUGGUGACGAAAUACAGCAACUUUGUCAGCUUCCCUCUGUAUCUUAACGGCAAGAGGGUUAACACUCUUCAGGCUCUCUGGAUGAUGGACCCCAAAGAGAUCGGAGAAUGGCAGCACGAGGAGUUCUACCGGUUUAUUGCCCAGGCUUAUGACAAACCUCGCUACACGCUUCACUACAAGGCAGACGCUCCUCUGAACAUUCGGAGCAUCUUCUAUGUACCCGAGAUGAAACCGUCUAUGUUUGACGUAAGCCGGGAGCUGGGGUCCAGUGUGGCACUUUACAGCCGCAAAGUCCUUAUCCAGACCAAAGCCGCGGACAUCCUGCCCAAGUGGUUGCGCUUUCUACGGGGGGUUGUGGACAGUGAGGAUAUCCCCUUGAAUCUCAGCCGAGAACUGCUACAGGAAAGUUCUCUGAUAAGGAAGCUGCGAGAUGUGCUUCAAAGACGACUCGUCAAAUUCUUCCUCGAUCAAAGCAAGAAGGAUCCCGAGAAGUACAAAAAAUUCUUUGAGGACUACGGGCUUUUUAUCCGAGAAGGGAUUGUGACAACCCAAGAGCAAGACGUCAAGGAGGACAUUGGAAAACUGCUGCGUUUUGAGUCUUCGGCCCUGCCUGAAGGAGAACAGACCAGCCUUUUAGAUUACACCAGUCGCAUGCAAGCCGGAUCACGCAACAUCUACUACUUGUGCACCCCCAACCGGCACCUUGCAGAACACAGCGCUUACUAUGAAGCCAUGAAACAGAAGCAAACAGAGGUCCUCUUCUGCUAUGAGCAGUUUGACGAGCUCACUUUACUGCACUUGCGAGAGUUUGGGAAGAACAAGCUCAUCUCGGUAGAGACAGAUAUCGUGGUCGAUCAUUACAAGGAGGAGAAAUUUGAGGACAGCCGUCCAGCUUCUGAUAGAUUGGCCGAGAAGGAGUCUGAAGAUCUCAUGGCCUGGAUGAGGAACGGCUUGGGGACUCGAGUGACCAAUAUUAAGGUCACACCACGUCUGGACACUCACCCAGCCAUGAUUACUGUGUUAGAGAUGGGGGCGGCCAGACAUUUUCUGCGCACACAGCAGCUUGCAAAAACGAAUGAAGAGCGUGCACAACUCUUGCAGCCCACCCUGGAGAUUAAUACAGGGCAUCCUCUUAUUAAGAAGCUCUGGCAGCUGAAGGACGCAGACCAGGAUCUGGCCAAAUUACUUCUCGAUCAGAUCUAUGAGAAUGCAAUGAUUGCAGCCGGGCUAAACGAUGACCCCCGACCUAUGGUAGGACGUCUUAAUGAGUUGUUGACUAAAGCUCUGGAGAAGCAUUGAUCGCGUCCACCCUCGCUGCAUCAUCAUCUUCCUGCAAGAUCUGCUCUAGGUCCUGGAGGAAGUCCAUCAUGGAUGUUGGAAAGACUUAUGGGAAUCUAGACAUGCAGUUUGGCACAGCCGCCAUGUUUCCUAUGGAAAGAGAGACUAGAGCGAUAUAGUCUGAUGAAAUCUAUUUAUUGGCCCAAGCAUUCCUCAAUGUCUACAAUGUCCGGCCGUGGAGUAAUCUGUGGUACUUCACUGCCGUUGUAAAUGUUACUAAGAAAUAUUAAAGAUGCCAGAAAUUUGUAGAAAAUCACUGUAUUUUUGCACCAUGUUCUCAGAUCAUGUUAGAGGGUGGAUCGGAUUAAAUGCCCCCAUGUGAAGGCGGGAGAAGCUCCCUGUAGCUCACUAUAUGAUAAAGCACUAAAUUAUAGGAAAAGAGACACAAAUAAAGGAUUCCUCAAGAAGGCAAAAAAAUAUAUGAACAGAACCUUGUGCCAACUUUAUACAUGGUAUGUGCAUGUGUGUGUAAGUCUAUGUGUAGGCAUAUUAAAGGAGAUUGGAAACAAGA